CUUAUUACAUAACCUUCGUCACCAUCGUACGCCCACCCUUCCCCCUUACCCUAAUAACCUCCCAAUCUCACUUCAGAUUGGAAUCGCAUCAACGCACAUCCACCAGCCAUGGCGAUGCGCCACCUCCUCAAGCUAUCUCGCCGCUCUCACCGAGCUUUAGCAGCCACCACCACCAUCUCCAGAUCCGCUUCGACCGCCACCGCCGUCUCCAGCGUCUCCGACACGCCCACACCAGCUCCACCACAUCCUCAUCAAAUGAUCUACGAUCGCGUUGCCGAAGAAGUCAAAUCGAAGCUCAAGCGACUCGAAAACCCCGACCCUAGGUUCCUCAAACACAACUCGCCUUACCCUACCCUAACCGAUCACACAUCUAUCCUCACCUACCCCGAGACUCGAGUCACCACUCUUCCUAACGGUCUCCGUGUUGCCACCGAGUCUAAUCUCGCCUCCCAGACCGCUACCGUUGGGGUAUGGAUCGAUGCAGGGUCAAGGUUUGAGACGGAAGAGAACAAUGGUGUUGCUCAUUUCCUCGAGCAUAUGAUAUUUAAAGGGACAUCGAAAAGAUCGGUUAGGGAUUUGGAGGAGGAAAUUGAGAAUAUGGGAGGACAUUUGAAUGCGUAUACAUCGAGGGAACAAACAACUUAUUACGCCAAAGUCAUGGGAGGAGACGUGCCUAAGGCGCUUGAUAUUCUAUCGGAUAUAUUGCAGAACUCGACUUUUGAUGAAAGAUUGAUCAAUCGUGAGCGUGGUGUUAUUCUACGUGAGAUGGAAGAGGUGGGAGCACAGACCGAAGAAGUAAUCUUCGAUCAUUUGCAUGCUACUGCAUUCCAAUACACUCCCCUUGGAAGGACCAUUCUUGGACCUGCUGAAAACAUCCAGAAGAUAACAAAGAAAGAUAUUCAAGAUUACAUUUCAACCCACUAUGCAGCUCACAGAAUGGUAAUUUCAGCUUCUGGGGCUGUUAAACAUGAGGAACUUGUAGAGCAGGUGAAGAGCAUGUUCACAAAACUAUCAGCCAAUCCCAUGACCACAACACAAUUGGUAGCCAAGGAGCCUGCAAUUUUCACUGGAUCAGAGGUUCGAAUGAGGGAUGAUGAUAUGCCUCUUGCUCAAUUUGCUGUCGCCUUUAAUGGAGCAUCAUGGACAGAUCCUGAUUCUAUUGCUUUGAUGGUGAUACAAGCUAUGCUUGGAUCAUGGAACAAAUCUGCAGGAGCUGGGAAACAUAUGGGCUCACAGCUUGCUCAGCUGGUGGGGAUUAGUGAACUUGCAGAGAGCAUGAUGGCUUUCAACACCAACUAUAAAGACACUGGGCUAUUUGGUGUUUAUGCUGUUGCUAAGCCUGAUUGCUUGGAUGAUUUAUCUUUUGCAAUAAUGCAAGAAAUUAGCAAACUUUGUUACCGAGUCACAGACGAUGAUGUUAUUCGUGCUCAAAAUCAGCUUAAAUCUUCAUUGCUUCUUCACAUUGAUGGAAGCAGUCCUAUUGCAGAGGACAUUGGACGACAGUUGAUUACUUAUGGACGUAGAAUCCCAUUUGCUGAGUUAUUUGCAAGAAUCGAUGCAGUUGAUGCUGCCACCAUCAAACGUGUAGCUAACAGAUUCAUAUUCGACCAGGACAUAGCGAUUGCAGCAUCAGGGCCAGUGAAGCUAUUGCCAGAUUACAAUUGGUUCCGUCGUCGUACUUACAUGCUUCGUUAUUAGACACACACACACACACACACACACUUUUGAUUUAUUUGUGGUUGUGGUUGUGGUUGUGGCUUGUGGUCAAUUUAUUUUUACAAUCAUAUGCUUUUGCUAAAAUCCCUGUUUGUAUGGUGGGUAAGACACAAAUUUUAUGAUUUCUUUCCAAGCUAGAAUAAAGCCAAGGCUUUUUUUGUAUUGCCUCUGUACAAGUUGAAUUUUUCACUUUAGACAACCAAAAUGUAUACUGUGCUACUGAGUACUGAAUUUCAUUUUAUGAUUUUUCUUUUUUGUGUCAAUAGUGCUUUUUCUGUCUUAGAUUUCACUUGGUUUAGGAGUAGAGGUUGAGGGUGUAUGUCUUUGCUGUUCUAAAUCUUUUAUGUUUGGGAUAGGAUUUUGAAAUGUUAAGAAAAUCCAAGCUAGGGUACAAGUUCAAAAAAUAAAGUUGAGGGGUUAUUCUGGACAAGUUGUGAACGUUCUAGAGAUUAGCCUUAGGUUGAACCACUUCGCUUCAUUUAAAUGACUCAAGGAAGGACCUGUUUUUUAAGGGAAAAUGAAUUGGAGAGGAACUAGUGAAGCAUUUCUCGUUCUAGCGUCAAAUUCCAAUGUUAAAGCUUUUGAUGUACUCUUCUUCUCCAUGUUAAUGCAAUCUUUCAACAACAUGUUGUUUGGAGCUAAAAGCUACAGUACUUACUAUUUAUUACAAAAUUACCUCAGUCUCAUAUGGUAGUUGUUUUUUAUUAAUACAGUUCUACAUCACAUGUAUUCAUAUAUACUCACGUGUACUUCAAAC